AUGCACCUUCGCCCGGGCGCCGCCCGCUCGAGAAGAACCAGGAAGGACGGCGCGAAUGGCAACAUGAGGAGGAGGAGGGAGAGCAAGGAGAGAGAGGAGGGAGGGAAGGAACACAGCCCUCCCCUCCCCGGAUCCAGGGACUUCCCCGUCUUCCCAUUGCCAGCAUUCCUCAACCUGCCAGGUGGAGCCUCUUUCUCCCUCGUUGCUGCUUUUGCCUUCCGGGCUCUCCAGUCCCGCAACCCCACUUUCGGUUUGGCCCAGCGGGGAGAGCGUGUAAGGGGCUCCAGAUGUUGCCGACUUCCAUCCCCAGAAUCCCCCACUGUUGACCAAACUGGCCGAGGCUUCUGGGAGUCGAAGUCCAAUCCACCUGGAGAGCCAAAGGGCGAGGUUAGAGGACAGGGUCAGGCACCUCUCUUUACCUCUUUUGCUCUAGGGUCCCGGAUGGAGCCCGGACUUAGGACUCGGAUGAGCCCCCGCUCCGCUAUGGAAAGCCCAGUUUGGCCACCUCAAAGAUACCCUGCUGCUACAAAAUCAACAGCUACUGCUAUUCACACCAUUAAAAGAUUCCUUAAAAGAUUUACCUUGUGGUCUCAGCUGCUGCUGAAUUUGGAGCACCAAUGGAGGCAGUGA